CAGCGUUACAUGAAGUGUCCAUCAGUCAAGCAAACGAAGUAGAGCUCGAGGCUAAUGCUAACUGUAAGCGGAACAAUAGACUGCGUGUCUAGCUUUAUAUUCGUUAUUUAGUACGGGAUGUCGCAAGGUUAAUGUGGAAAAGAGCUCUAGGUCGCGUUGUUUUGCAGGUUUAUGUGAGCAAUCUCUAAGCGUGACUUCGAAAUGAUGUUGUUAGCAUUAGCUGGUAGAUAAGCACUCGCCGCUGUUUCAUGCUCGUGUUGUAUUUUUUAAAAAAGGUCUGAUUUAGAGUUUGAUUGAUUCAGGGUUUACUGGGGAAAAAACAAGACAUGGCUACCGGUGCUGAUGUGAGGGACAUUUUGGAGUUGACAGGAGGCGAGAAUGAUGGUCCUAUCAGCAAGAAGGACCUCAUUAAUUCAGACAAGAAAAAAUCUAAGAAGGCAACAGAGACAUUGACAUUCAAGAGGCCAGAGGGAAUGCACAGAGAAGUCUAUGCUCUGCUGUAUUCAGAUAAGAAAGAUGCUCCUCCUUUGCUACCCAGCGAUACCACUCAGGGAUACAGGACUGUCAAAGCAAAACUGGGCUGUAAGAAAGUACGACCAUGGAAGUGGAUGCCCUUCACCAACCCAGCCCGCAAGGAUGGGGCAAUUUUCCACCAUUGGAGACGGUCAGCAGAAGAAGGCAAAGACUACCCAUUUGCUCGCUUUAACAAGACGGUGCAAGUGCCAGUGUACUCUGAGCAGGAAUAUCAGAGUCAUCUCCAUGACGACGGCUGGACCAAAUCAGAAACCGACCAUCUUUUCGAUUUAUGCAAGCGCUUUGAUCUUCGAUUCAUAGUUGUCCAUGACCGUUAUGACCACCAACAAUACAGAAAACGCUCUGUGGAGGACUUGAAAGAGCGCUACUAUAGUGUUUGUGGGAAGCUCACCAAGGUUCGUGCGGCGUCUGGGACAGAGCCGAAGAUCUAUAUAUUUGAUGCUGGUCAUGAGCGCCGGCGCAAAGAGCAAUUGGAGAAGCUCUUCAAUCGCACUCCUGAACAGGUGGCAGAGGAAGAAUAUCUUAUGCAGGAGCUGAGAAAGAUAGAAAACAGGAAGAAAGAGCGAGAAAAGAAAGAACAGGAUCUGCAGAAACUUAUCAAGGCAGCUGACACCACCACUGAGAUGAGGCGGGCGGAGAAGAGGGUCUCUAAGAAGAAACUCCCACAAAAGAGAGAAACAGAAAAGCCGGCUGUUCCAGAGACUGCUGGCAUCAAGUUCCCUGAUUUCAAAUCAUCAGGUGUCACACUGCGCAGCCAGAGGAUGAAACUGCAGGGCUCGGUGGGCCAGAAGAAGAUCAAGGCCAUUGAGCAGAUCCUGAUAGAUCAAGGAGUGGAUAUCAACCCCAUGCCCACGGAGGAGAUCGUACAGAUGUUCAAUGAACUGCGCAGUGACUUGGUGCUGCUCUACGAGCUGAAGCAGGCACACAGCAGCUGUGAAUACGAACAGCAGAUGCUGCGUCACCGCUACGAGGCUCUGUUCAAAUCCGGGAGUGGAACCGUCACCGGUGGGAUCAUGUCUGCUGCCAUCACCCAACAAGGAGAUGUUUCAAAUGCCAACAACAGUGCCACGGCGGCAACGCCAGGGAACGAAGCUCAGCUUUGGGCUGGUGCUGAUGACAUCAAGCUGGAGGCAAAGGAGCAGAUCAUUGAUGUGGUUGGAGCACCGCUGACACCUAACUCGCGUAAACGGAGAGAGUCGGCGUCCAGCUCGUCGUCCGUGAAAAAAGUGAAGAAGGCUUGAUGAGAAGGAAGAGGCGGGGCAAAAGACACACCAGGCCGGCGAAGAGAAGACCCCACCGCUCCCAACAGGACUUCUCCGGCACCACCUGCUCCGUGACAAAGACAACAACUGAGUGACAUUUCAUUCCAUUACGCCUCCCCUGCCUUCCAUAGAUGCAGCCAGAUCAACUGUAAAUUGCCAGGCUGAGCUAAUCGGGAGUGUGGGAGACGGCAGGAAUGACCUAGUAAUUGAAAUGAAUCGCAAUGAGAGACGAGAGACAGUUGGUGUGGGAGGACCUGAACCUGCGUUUUCGCUGGCCUCAUCAUGCCAGGGUGUUUACUGGAAAUGUGUUUUCCUGGAGGUUAGCGGUUUCCUCACGGGGCGGCGACUGGUGUGCUUUGUCCUCUGGUGAUCUUGAAGAUGCUUUAGUCAACGAUUCAAUAAACCUCAUUGUUUUUUUACUUUCCAAACUCUUCCUUUCACCUCUCUGCCAGGAAAUGAGCCCUGAGUAGGCACUUGCCAGGGAAACUGUCGGAUCACGACAUCCAAGUGAAGUGACAACUCAAGACUUCAUUAAUAUGAUAAUUAAGCAGUGAUCAUUGGCUGCUUGGCAAAGCCCUGGAAACUUCAUUAGUUGCUGUCCCUGUAAUGUUGCUAAUUGCGUGUCAAUUACACCAUUUAGCCUACGUUGACAUCCAUUUCCAUGCAAAUUCACGCCGUUUCCCUGAAGAAUUGCACGAUGAUUGGAGUGCAGACCGUUUAAAAACAUAUUUAUACAGAAUAGCGUUUCUGCUCAAACUUCAUUAGGAAGCCUUUGGACAGCACCGGUUGAUAUGAAGAGAACAGAUGAUACGUUACACAAUACCUCUGAAGACACAGGCACAUUUCCUGUUCUGGGCUUGCACUCUUUAGAAGAACAGUCAAGUUUAAGACAAAACAGGGAGAAAUCUCAUAACUACAAAUAUGUCAUUCAUUUUAAAACUAUUAUCAAGUGAUAUAUUUGUAU